AUGGCAAGUUCUUCAGAUACAGCAAACUCACCUCCGCCUACGGAGAACUACCCUUCGCUACCCUUCAAUCUUGAUCAAGAGCCCAAAGUACGAGAAUGGUCUCAAUACGAGCUAGACACUGUACUGUCUUUAAUCUGCAAGUACGAGCACCUUGCAAGCCAGAAAGAGAAGGGGAAGAAGCAACGCUCUCCUCAUGCGAAGAGAAGAGGUGGCAGACAGUCGGAAGACGAUGUCAGUGACUGGGCCUUCUCCUUUGCCACAAAGCUGAAUGAGGCUCUUCAUGGCAUGCAUAACUAUAAGGAUGAUAUUCCACUAGCCGAUGUGCGAGAGCUUGUGGACUUUAUUGAGAUAAAGAACAAAGCUGUCAUGGAUUACAUCAAAAGACAGUCCACACCCUUCAGGGUGACAAGGGCGAAGAAGUUUGCAUUCCUGCGCCUGUGCAACACCUUCAACAAGACUUUCUACAAGUGGACUCUCCUGCGCAGACAGCGGCGUCGAAACCCCAGCAUCAGUGCUGAGGAAGAGAUGACCCGGGGUAGUUGGAUUGAUUACUAUCUGUCGAAACAAGACCGAGAGAAUUAUCUCCUGGGUGCUGCUCGCAUUGAGAAGAAUGCACAUCCGAGCGAAAAUACUGAGAGAGGCUGGAUUUCCAACACUGUCUAUGCUCGGCGAAGCCGCGAUAUCGAUUUAACCCCUAGUUCGAGUCAGGACCACAAGGCAUUCCCAUCCCAACAAUCAGGUUUUCCAACAGGACAAGAUCGUCCAUUUCGUUUUCGUAAACGUCACAGAAGCAUACAUCCUCCUCCGCCUCCUCCGCUGCCACCGCCCUUUUAUACUGGCUCCCUUAUCGAGGACAAAUACAUGGGCAAUCAACCAUCCGAUAUCUAUGAUAAAGGGUAUUUCAAGAGCAUGGAGACAGUAACACAUGCUGACCCAGCACGUCGUACUUCCUAUGAGGAUUUUGAUCAAAAUCCUUUACCUGCAUGUUUGCCCCCAACCUCACCGGCCUAUUUUGGCCAUGCUGGUCUGCGCCAGUCCAUUCAUCCGACAGGCCCACGACUGGAAACACCUUUGUUGACGUAUGAGGGUGACUCAGAUCCAGAACGAUCUGGCAGUUCUGGAGCACAUAUGCUACUGGCGCAUAGCGACUCAUAUGGUGCGCGGGGUUAUGAGUAUCCUGAACCACCAGAUGAAAAGGCUAGCUACGACUACAAUACCGUCUAUGAGACACCUUGUUCACCUUGUUCUCCAAUGUACACUUCAGGAUGCAUGGUGGCCACUGAUGGUGGAGAAAAGAGCCCUCUUCAUACAGAUUUUGACACUGGCGAAGGUCUUCUUGACUACUAG